GCAAUCGGAGCGACCGUAGCCCACGAAGUGAGUAUUUAUAGUGCGGGCACUUGGCACUAGCCAGGCAAGACGAGGGUCCGGUUGCCGGUCACAGGCCUAGUGGCAGUAGUCGCGAUGAGUUCCCGUCCGGCGACGACCGCGACCGAUGGCGGCUCGGCGACGACCCGACGCACCAGGUACGCCCGCUCGUCGACCGUGUCCGUCAGUCGUCUGCUCACCGACUCGUGCUCCAGCCUGCUGCAGCGACUGACAACCCGCGUUCGCGGUCCCUCCACCGUUGUCGACGAACCGCCUCCGCCUCUCUCGCCGCGGCACCGGCGUCGCUUCACCGGCCCCACCACCAUUGUGCCCGCCCGGGGUCACUCCACCUACCUGACCUCCGACAGGAGGAAGGCCACACGUGAGAACUCGCCUCCCGCAGCCAAUCCCCUCACCAAAUCCGCCACUACAAUCUAUCUAUCGCAGAAUGCCUAUGCAGCACAGGUGCCGGCACCUCGUGAAAAGACCCCUUUCAGGACUGGUCACCGUGACCUGUCACGCUACAAGAGUGGCAAGUCGGAAGCUCGACUCCAGCCGCACAAGGAGCGGCCCCUGCGCGCGCCCCACAGUGAAGUCCCCCCGCCGGGUGCGGCCACUCUCUCCCCGACCACCACCACCACCACCACCACCACCACCAUCAAACUCACCCCCAGUGAGCCUGAUGGUGCAGACCAGCCACUGAGCGAGCGCGAGGCCAAACGAAAGGAAAUCCAAAGCCUUAUUCAGAAGUACACAAGUAGCACGAGCACUGCGAAAGAUGAGCCUAGCCAGCCAUCAACUGCGCCCCUCAGCGCCCUCGCCAAGUGCCAGCAGAAGUACUCCUCCUAUCUUUCGGCCUCCAACACUGCCAUUGCUAGUGCUGCCUCCGCCUCCGCCGCCGCCUCCACAAGUCUCUCCCCUAGCUCAAGGGCACCAUCCAUUGAAGACGACGAAGAUGGCCACCUGAUUUACCGGCAUGGCGAUGUGCUUCAAGACAGAUAUAAAGUAUUGGCCACUCUGGGUGAAGGAACGUUUGGAAAAGUUGUGAAGAUCAAAGAUUUGCAAAAUGAUCACGUAAUGGCCUUGAAAAUUAUCAAGAAUGUUGAAAAAUAUCGAGAGGCAGCUAAACUAGAAAUAAAUGCCUUGAGGAAGAUUGCUGAAAAAGAUCCUGAUGGCAAACAUUUGUGUGUGAAGAUGUUGGACUGGUUUGAUUACCAUGGACAUAUGUGUAUUGCAUUCGAGAUGCUUGGACUGAGUGUGUUUGACUUUCUAAAAGACAAUAACUACCAGCCGUACACACUGGAGCAGGUCCGCCACAUGGCUUAUCAGCUAUGUUAUUCGGUGAAAUUCCUUCAUGAUAACAAGCUGACGCAUACUGAUCUCAAACCGGAGAACAUCCUUUUUGUCGACUCAGACUACGAUGUUGUUUACAAUAACAAAAAGAAGCGUGACGUGAGACGAGUGAAAAAUACGGAUGUGAGAUUGAUCGAUUUUGGAAGCGCGACAUUUGACAAUGAACACCAUAGCACCAUUGUAUCCACAAGGCAUUACAGGGCACCCGAAGUCAUAUUAGAACUUGGCUGGGCUCAACCUUGCGACGUGUGGUCUAUUGGCUGUAUCAUAUUUGAACUUUACCUUGGAAUCACAUUAUUCCAAACGCAUGAUAACAGAGAACAUCUAGCUAUGAUGGAGCGUAUACUUGGAACCAUUCCAUACAGGAUGGCAAGAAAAAGCAAGACAAAAUAUUUCUAUCAUGGCAAACUUGAGUGGGACGAGAAAUCUGGCCCAGGUCGAUACGUACGAGAGAACUGCAAACCUCUAAAUAGGUACAAGGCACUUGACGAUGAGGAUCAUGGCCACCUGUUCGACCUGAUAUUUCGGAUGUUGGAGUACGAGCCGACACAACGCAUCACUCUGGGCGAGGCGAUGCGUCACCGCUUCUUCGACAAGAUCCCCGUGCACAAGCGCCUCGGCGCCGACCGCGAGCGAAGCCACUCUCUCUCCAGCUAGGUGAUGAUGAUGAUGGGCUGUGUGAUCUCGAUGAUGGUGGUCUCGAGCUAGCCACAAGCAAGAGAAAGAGAGUGUGACAAGGCAAGAGAAGAGAGUGAGAGGCGCGCAUUCGGAGCAGCAGCCACACCUCGCUCCUCCCCACACACACAUAGCCGACUGUAAACUUUCCUUUAAAAGACUGUGCAUCUAGUAGUUGUAUUUUUUUAUCGAAUCAAAAUGAACAUGUCAGCAUGUAGGCUACUAUUCUCAUGCGCUCAAGUGUUGAUCAAAUAGCUGAACCUAGUGCUUAUACUUGAUUUGACUUGUCGUUGUUCAUUUUUAAUGGGUUGAUAGAAUAAGUGAUUCCAAUUGUGAAUAUUAAGGAAUUUUCUAUCAAUUUUAUAAAUUGUAAUCUAAUUUGUACAAAUUAGAAAUGCAUCAUCUAUAAUAUUUGAAGCACCAAAUCUAUUCUAAAUAUUUUAUCAUCACAUUAUUUGCUUCCUCAAAUGAAUUCUCUUGAUUUUACCCUUAAGGUUUUCUCGAUAAAUUAAACAUGUAUUAAUAAGUCAAACAUAUUCUCCGCUUUGAUGGAAAACGUUGAUCGGAAAUGAUGUUUUGCUAGAGGAAGCAAUUAAAUAGGAUGUAAUCGACAACAUGCUACGUAUUAGAAUUUGAGAUUGAGAUUAUUCAAUGGUCGCGACUUAUUGACAAAAUAUUUCUUGAUAAUAAUAAUAAUCAUAUCGAGUGACCUGGCUUAUUCAGGUCUUGAUAAUAAUUAUCUUAAUUAUACCUAAACUUCUAUGAACACUAAUGCACUUUUAUGAUGCAUUUCAGUAUAGUUAUAAUGUAUAUUAUGGAUCUAGCAGGAAACAUAUUAUUUGUCUGACUUGUGUCACCUUAAUUUCAAUGAUACGAUUAGUUUCAUUCGAAUAAUUAUAAAUUUUAUAACUUAUUUUUUUAUUGAUCCUUGUCAAAGGUUUGAUAUUCAUUGUAAGUUGAUUACUCUGUAAUAGAAAUGUGUUUGUUGUUUAUUUGUUCUGAUGAACUGUUGUUUCUCUUGGAGAAGUGUGUAAUUUAUUUGUACAAAAUGAUCUCUAGUUUAUAAAGUACUAAAUUAAUAGC